AUGCCACAAGGAGACAGCCCUCAGGAACAGAUCCAGGCACUCCGCUCCGUCAACAAGGGCGUUCCACCCAACUCCAUCCCUCCUGCCGGUCCUGAUGAGAUCUAUCACGUUGACACACAUCUCGACCCUGACACCCAAAAGGGGUUCAUUUUCUGGGACGAUAUCGUUCAGGCAUUCGAUUACGCAGUUCAUGUCCGCCACAAGACGAGAGUGGUUUCGUUCCAGAGAGGAAUAGACCAUAGUAUCCUUGAGCCUCGCAGGAUCACCGCCGUGCCGAAUAUUGUCUUGGAUGUGGUCGUAGAUACUCCAGUGACCGGUAAUGCGGGGGUUGCUUCUCUCCAGGUCCGACAGCCGGAUCUUCAACCAGUGCCGCCGCAGGACGGCAGCGCCAUAAAGAUCGAGGAUACAUCCCAGGAUACCAUCUCAGCACCCAGUAUUGCAUUGACACCCAUUACUACGACUGCUACCUCCACACCCAACACAACGUCAUCAUCCAGUUCCCCUUCAACUACAACAUCCGCCGUCAGACAGAACCCAAUCUACGGUCUUGUAGAUGUCUACGGUCCUGUAGAGGCGACGAAGGAAAGUUACACUCGCAUCGACAGACCCCCUACAUUCCCGUCAGCUCGAGAUCCGCAAGCAGUGUUGGACGAUCAAAAUCCAGCUGUCAAGGAUAUUCCAACCACUCCUCGUCUUGACAACGACAACAACUCCCAGCAGCGUGGGCGGCAGAGCGCAACAGCUAAUGAGUCCGUGGCGCUGCAAUUGGCACGGACGAUCAUUAGUGCUUGUGAAGGGGACAAGGACGCCCAGGUCGCGCUUGGCGACAUGUACAGGGACGGCAAGGGGGUUGCGCAAGACUAUCAGUCGGCCAUGGAUUGGUACCUCAAGGCCGUCGAGCAAGGAGACGCAGCUGGUCAGCAGAGAGUAGGCGCCCUCUACCAUAAAGGAUUCGGUGUCCCGCGGAACUACUCAGCAGCCAUGAGCUGGUACCUCAAUGCCGCCGCACAAGGAUAUGCUCGCGCUCAAUACAGCCUCGGGGUUCACUACAAACAUGGUCGCGGUGUUCCUCAGAACUACACACAGGCGAUGGAGUGGUACACCAAGGCCGCCGCACAAGGAUUUGCUGGCGCUCAAUACAGCAUCGGAGCUCUCUACAAACGUGGUCACGGUGUUCCUCAGGACUACACACAGGCGAUGGAGUGGUACCUCAAGGCCGCCGCACAAGGAUAUGCUGUCGCUCAAUACAACAUCGGCCUUCUCUACGACAACGGCGAAGGUGUUAGUCAAGACUACGCACAGGCGAUGGAGUGGUACCUCAAGGCCGCCGCACAAGGAUAUGCUGUCGCUCAAUACAACAUCGGCCUUCUCUACGACGACGGCGAAGGUGUUCGUAAAGACUACGCACAGGCGAUGGAAUGGUACCUCAAGGCCGCCGCACAAGGAUGUGCUGUCGCUCAAUGCAACAUCGGGGUUCACUACAAACAUGGUCGCGGUGUUCCUAAGGACUACGCACAGGCGAUGGAAUGGUGCCUCAAGGCCGCCGCACAAGGACAUGUUGUCGCGCAAUACAACAUCGGCCUUCUCUACCAGAACGGCGAUGGUGUUCGUCAAGACCACGCACAGGCGAUGGAAUGGUACCUCAAGGCCGCCGCACAAGGAUUUGCUGGCGCUCAAUACAGCAUCGGAGCUCUCUACAAACGUGGUCACGGUGUUCCUCAGGACUACACACAGGCGAUGGAGUGGUACCUCAAGGCCGCCGCACAAGGAUAUGCUGUCGCUCAAUACAACAUCGGCCUUCUCUACGACAACGGCGAAGGUGUUAGUCAAGACUACGCACAGGCGAUGGAGUGGUACCUCAAGGCCGCCGCACAAGGACAUUAUGCCGCUCAAUACAACAUCGGCCUUCUCUACGACAACGGCGAUGGUGUUCGUCAAGACUACGCACAGGCGAUGGAAUGGUUCUUCAAGGCCGCCGCACAAGGAUGUGCUGUCGCUCAAUGCAACAUCGGGGUCCACUACAAAUAUGGUCGCGGUGUCCCUCAGGACUACGCACAAGCGAUGGAGUGGUACCUCAAGGCCGCCGCACAAGGACAAGUUGUCGCUCAAUACAACCUCGGCCUUCUCUACGACAACGGCGAAGGUGUUCGUAAAGACUAUGCACAGGCGAUGGAAUGGUACCUCAAGUCUGCCGCACAAGGAUGUGCUGUCGCUCAAUGCAACAUCGGCGUUCUCUACGAAAACGGCGAUGGCGUUAGUCAAGACUACGCACAGGCGAUGUAUUGGUUCCUCAAGGCCGCCGCACAAGGAUAUGCCAUCUCGCAAUGCCGUAUAGGGUGCCUCUACGACAACGGCGAUGGUGUUCGUCAAGACUACGCACAGGCGAUGGAAUGGUACCUCAAGGCCGCCGCAAAAGGAUACUCUGUCGCUCAAGUCAACAUCGGCCUUCUCUACGACAACGGCGAAGGUGUUCGUCAAGACUACGCACAGGCGAUGGAAUGGUACCUCAAGGCCGCCAAGCAAGGGUAUGACGUUGCUCAAUACAAUAUCGGCCUGCUCUACAGGAAUGGCCAAGGUGUUCGUCGGAAUUAUAUAAAGGCCGCGGGGUGGUUCUCUCAGGCUGCCAACCGAGGACAUAAGGGCGCCAAAAGAAAAUUGGAAGCCUUGAAGAAAAAAGAUGUUUUUGUGAACUAA